AUGGUUCGCCACUCUGACAACCCAGAGAUGUAUCAGGAGGAGGUCCGUAGGUAUGAGCAGGCAAAACUGGGUAGGGUUGUAAAUUAUGCAACUUCCAAGAGGCUGGAGCAGGGUCAGCUCUUCUACAAAGAAUAUUAUCCUGAAUGGGGGGUUUAUAUCCCUAAGGAAGAGGAAGAGCGUUGUGCUAAAAAAUCUCCCACUCUGCCAUUCUCAUACAAAGAGGACCUGCAGUUGGAAACACAAAAUUCUGAGAUUACGAAGUUAACUGACGUAGCACUUCGUUACUCUGUAGAAGAGCAAGAGAAAAUGACCAACAGCGCUACUCUUGAAGCCCAUGUAAAUGGGUUCCGAUAUACAAUAUCCAGUCCCCCUGUGCAGAUAGAUUUUAUUUAUAAUAAUGUAAAGCAUGCAUUUUUCCGAUCUAAGGACGAGUGGAUGCCGCCUCUCUUGCACUUUAACUUGCACGUACCCAUCAAUGUGGAGGGGACUCUACAAGCAAAUGAUAUCCAAUUCCAGUUGGUGGAGACCGUUGUGGGACAGAAGAAAUCCGCUGAUGAUUUAGAUAAGAUUGGGAAAUACAAAGAAUACAACGAAGAUUUCCAUAAGUUUGUCAAAAAAGUUGAAGCUAAGUGGAAGUCACAUAUCCUUCCAUUUGAAUUACCACGUAAGAAGAACGAAUUUCAUGGGUCAUCUGGAGUCUUCGCCCUGACAACGUUUUGCCUAGCUGGGAUCGUAAAAACACCUUUCUUUGUGGUUGCACUGACAGAGAUCGAGUUUGUUAAUUUGGCACAUCUUCGGCUCGGGGAAAUCGAUAUGACAAUCGAGCAUAACUGGAACGACAUACUUGAAGGUAUUAGAAGGAACCCUCAGGGUUUCAUCGAAGAAGGUUGCUGGAGGUCUGUUGACCUUGAGUCUAGUGCUGCUGCUGCACUUUCUUCCGACUCCUACGAAUCAGAAGAAUCUGAGUUCGGGGAAGACAAAGAGGAAUUCCCAUGGGAGAAGUUGUUUGAUAAGUGUGGAUCAGAUAGCGCAGAAGAGGAGAGUGAAACAUGA